AUGCGCAGAGCUGGCGUGGUGGGAGUCUCGCCGUACAGCGCGGAGGUGAAUGUUUUAGUAAAGUGCUGUUGUGAUAGUGAGUUAAGUGAAGCCAGCAAGCUGUUUUCUCCGACGGAAAGCAUGUUGACUAUGGAAACUGAUCUGAAAGGCGGUAGCCUGCACGCUACCAUGCCGCCUCAUCACGGCCUCCAGAGCUACGGCUCUUUGAGCGCUCUGGGACAGGCACCCAUGCACAAUCUAAGCCAGCAUCCGCACCAGAUAUCGCAUCAUCAACCCCAGGGACCUCAAAUACACCAUCAGCACCAGCCACAGAAUCAUCAUCAACAAUCGCAUCAAACAAAUGCGCAACAUCAGCCACACAAUCAGUCGCCGACCAACAAUAACAAUUCCGCAAAGGCGCAAAAUAUGGAAAGAGUGAAAAGACCGAUGAAUGCCUUUAUGGUGUGGUCAAGAGGACAGAGGAGGAAAAUGGCUCAAGAGAACCCAAAAAUGCACAAUUCGGAAAUAUCGAAAAGACUGGGUGCCGAAUGGAAAUUGUUGAGUGAAACGGAAAAGAGACCUUUUAUUGACGAAGCGAAAAGGUUGCGCGCCGUGCAUAUGAAGGAGCACCCCGACUACAAGUACAGACCACGUCGUAAAACAAAGACGUUGCUCAAGAAAGACAAAUACCCGUUGGGACCUUCGAGUUUGCUGCCGACGUCGGAACAGGCGAGGAACGCGGCCUCGGCCGUUCAACAAGUAACCGCAAGGGACAUGUACCAGAUGCCGAACGGCUACAUGCCCAACGGUUACAUGAUGCACGACCCCAGUGCAUACCAACAACAGUACGGCGGUGCAAAUUACGCGCGCUACGACAUGUCGCAGAUGCAACACAGUGCUUACAUGAACGGCGGAUACGGUUCGUACGGGCCUGCCACCGUCCCUAAUAGUGCGGGUUCGCCUUAUGGAAUGCAACAAGCCAGUUCGUCGCACAGCCCCUCAGGAUCGAGCAUAAAGUCGGAACCGGUGUCGCCCAGUUCGGGGCUACACACGCCGACGCCCGGCGUCGGCAUCAAGCGGGAGUACGGCGGCCAGCCGCAACAGGGCGACCUCCGCCAAAUGAUCUCCAUGUACCUGCCCACCGAUGGAUCGCAACACAUGCAACAUCAGUAUAGUUCGUCGCCGGACCCGAUGGGUCCAGGGCCUUUAGCGCCCCUGGCACAUAUGUGAGAACCGCUUUUCGCGGCUCCGGACUUGGACGUGGUGCCGCAUCUGUGAACUGUGUAAAUACAACACCACUUCUCAUCUAUAUCUCAUCUACUUUAUUUUGUUUGUUGUUUAUAUUCUGCUCUCCUCCUCGGUUCCUUAAACCAACACAGUAUUCUCAAAUUAUCGCCGAAACAACGCAACGCGAUCUUUCAUUCAUCCACGUAAGUGUUGUGGCUCUAGCGACCAUUUUACUUUUAUAUUUAUUAUAUUUACUAAUACCAAUCUGAGUACAAAUUUCAUAUUUUAAUAUAAAAUCCAGACCGUACGUACAGAACAUCCACAUCCCUAUCCGGUGCGGAUGCUCUGUUCCGACGCCUGUAAAAAAUAAGUUUGCCUUGCUAAAACCACUACAGAAAAGUGUUCGAAUGAAACAUCGCCAAUGCUAAUCUCGACGGUUAUUUAUUAAUUUUAGAUGAUGAUUUUCACUAUACGUUGUAAAUAGUAUUUUUUAAUCGCGGUUGUAAUAUAUAGAUAAUUAUAUUUUAUA